AUGCGACAGGUCGACACGAAGCCGUUGCGGCACGCCUGCGAUAAAAAAGGCAGACUCAAAAGUACCCGCCGCUGCAACCCUUCGCACACUGCCUCGUUCCCCCCACACACCCGCCAAAGCCCCUCCAGCUUCCCGCCUCAUCCGCCCUCGUUCACCGCCUUCUCCCCCUUUGCUACCCGCCUCAUUCCCCCUUGCUACCCUCCCCAUUCCCCCUUGCUUCAGGCCUCAUUCCCCCUUGCUUCGGGCCUCAUACUCCCUUGCUACCCCCCUCAUUCCCCUUUGCUUCCCGCCUCAUUCCCCCUUGCUACCCACCUCAUUCUCCCUUGCUACCCGCUCAUUCCCCCUCGCUACCCGCCUCAUUCCCCCUCGCUUCCCGCCUCAUUCCCCCUCGCUUCCCGCCUCAUUCCCCCUUGCUUCCCACCCCAUUCUUCACUGCUACCCGCCUCAUUCCCCCUUGCUUCCCUCCCCAUUCCCCCUUGCUUCAGGCCCCAUUCCCCCUUGCUUCGGGCCUCAUUCUCCCUUGCUACCCCCCUCAUUCCCCUUUGCUUCCCGCCUCAUGUCCCCUCGUUACCCGCCUCAUUCCCCCUUGCUUCCCGCCUCAUUCUCCCUUGCUACCCCCCGCAUUCCCCUUGGCUUCCCGCCUCAUUCCCCCUUGCUACCCACCUCAUUCUCCCUUGCCACCCCCUCAUUCCCACUCGCUACCGCCUCAUUCCCCCUCGCUUCCCGCCUCAUUCCCCUUCGCUUCCCGCCUCAUUCCCCCUUGCUACCCACCCCAUUCUCCCUUGCUACCCCCUCAUUCCCCCUCGCUACCCGCCUCAUUCCCCUUCGCUUCCCGCCUCAUUCCCCCUUGCUACCCACCCCAUUCUCCCUUGCUACCCCCUCAUUCCCCCUCGCUACCCGCCUCAUUCCCCCUCGCUUCCCGCCUCAUUCCCCCUCGCUUCCCGCCUCAUUCCCCCUUGCUUCCCACCCCAUUCUUCACUGCUACCCGCCUCAUUCCCCCUUGCUUCCCUCCCCAUUCCCCCUUGCUUCAGGCCCCAUUCCCCCUUGCUUCGGGCCUCAUUCUCCCUUGCUACCCCCCGCAUUCCCCUUGGCUUCCCGCCUCAUUCCCCCUUGCUACCCACCUCAUUCUCCCUUGCUACCCCCUCAUUCCCACUCGCUACCGCCUCAUUCCCCCUCGCUUCCCGCCUCAUUCCCCCUUGCUUCCCACCCCAUUCUUCACUGCUACCCGCCUCAUUCCCCCUUGCUUCCCUCCCCAUUCCCCCUUGCUUCAGGCCCCAUUCCCCCUUGCUUCGGGCCUCAUUCUCCCUUGCUACCCCCCUCAUUCCCCCUCGCUACCCGCCUCAUUCCCUCUCGCUUCCCGCCUCAUUCCCCCUUGCUUCCCACCCCAUUCUUCACUGCUACCCGCCUCAUUCUCCCUUGCUACCCUCCCUAUUCUCCAUUGCUUCAGGCCUCAUUCCCCCAUGCUUCGGGCCUCAUUCUCCCUUGCUACCCCCCUCAUUCCCCUUUGCUUCCCGCCUCAUUUCCCCUCGUUACCCGUCUCAUUUCCCCUUGCUUCCCGCCUCAUUCCCCCAUGCUUCCCGCCUCAUUCUCGCUUGCUACCCGCCCCAUUACCAGCUUUUCACCGCCGCAUGCCCCACCUCCAACCUCCAACAUUGUUUUUUCCCGAAAAUACACAGACCACUUCCUCAAAUCGCGACGGUACUGACGGCGCCAAUGGAGUGGCGUCCCCACAAGCUCACACGCCGGUAG